ACAAAGACGCGAAUCCAGUUUGUUGACAUUGGAAAGGACAUGUUUGGAGAUUUUCACUACAAAUUUUCUCGACACAUGAUUGAGUUGGACAAGAACGGCCAAAUUGUGCGUUUUGCUUACAACAACCACGUGCGAGACUCUGUCGUGCUCAACUCCACCCCUGAGGAGACUGUUCAACUUUACGAAGCUUAUCUUACUCUGGGCAAGAUGUUAAGAGAACCGGCCAAUCAAAUAGAGCACAAAAUGGUCCCUGGGGAUAUGAUCACCUUCAACAACAGUCGCGUGUUGCAUGGGAGAUCGGCGUUUACUGUCCAAGGGGGACAAAGUCGGUUCCUUCGCGGCAUCUACUUGGAUUGGGAUAUCAUGUAUUCUCGUAUGAGAGUGCUGGCGAAAAAGCUGAAUAUUCCGCUAUCGUACUAAAGCAUACUACAUCUUCUUGAAGGUAAAACACACAUGAAUGGCCCUUGAAACAUGAUCGAGGUGAACUAAAACAAUAAUAAGUCAUUAUGCAGCCCUUUCCGAUAAAAGGAAAUAAACUCAUUUCGAUUAUUUACGGGACUUUUAGGUAAUAACUCAUGUUUCGAUGUGAAAUAUUAUUAAGAAAUAUUUCAACUUACUUCGCUGAAGUCAACACACUGAAUGCAUGUGGCUUUUCGUGAAUUUCGUACAAGAAAUAUUAGUUGGACCGGAAGCCGUUUUCCUCGUUGCCUUGUCAUUUAUCUCCAAAAAGAUAAAAUUGAAACAUGUAAGUUCUUAUGAUAUCAAUACGUUACCCAUCAAAUAGAUGAUAAAAAUAGA